AUGGCGGGCCGUCACUGGGAGCAGAACAAGGAGGCCACCGUCUACGUCGGCAACCUCGACGAGCGCUUCGUCGAGCCCCUCAUGUGGGAGAUCAUGACGCAAAUGGGCCCCGUUGUUAACGUCCACAUGCCCAUGGACCGCGUCUCCCGCCACCACCAGGGCUUUGGCUUCGUCGAGUUCGACACCCCCGAGUCCGCCGACUAUGCCUCCCGCUGCCUCAACGGCAUCCGCCUGUUCGGCAAGCCCGUCCGCGUCAACAAGGCCUCGGCCGACCGCCAGCGCGCCACCGACAUUGGCGCCGAGCUGUUUGUCAACAACCUGGAUCCCCAGGUCGACGAAAAGGUCCUGUACGACACGUUUGCCCAGUUCGGCCGCCUCGUGGCCGCGCCCAACGUCGUCCGCGACCAGAACAACCUGUCCAAGGGCUACGGCUUUGUCAACUUUGACAGCUUCGAGGCCUCGGACGCCGCCCGCGCCGCCAUGCACGGCCAGUACCUGCUGAGCAAGCAGAUUUCCGUCGAGUACGCCUACAAGAAGGACGGCAAGGGCGAGCGCCACGGCGACGAGGCCGAGCGCAAGCUGGCCGCCGAGGGCAAGAAGCACAACGUCGUGCCCGAGAUCCAGCCGCUGCCGCCCGCCUUUUUGAUGAACCGCCCGGCCUCGGGCGCCAAUGCAACAAACGGUGCUGCAACAAAUGGUGCUGCAGGAGGUGCACCAGCAGGCGGAGGACCUACCGCGUCCGCCGCGACCAGUGCCAACACCACGCCGUUGCCCAUCAACAGCCACAACAACCCGAAUCGCAUCAACGGCGGUGCGCCGCCGCCACCACCACCACAACAGCAACAGCAGCAGGUGAACGGUGGCGGCAACUAUCCGUCAAGGGGACCGGGAGGAGGUGGCUACCUGCCAUACCUGGGGCAACAGCAACAGCAACAGCAAUACCCUCGGCAACAGUAUGGCGGCCAGGGAGGCGGUGGCUACGGCGGUCGCGGUGGUCCUUUGCCACAACACUUUGGAGUUGGAGGCGGCGGUGGUGGUCGCGGUGGUCCAGGUCUGCCCGUGGCGCCCAACGGCCUCCCUGCGCGGCCGCCACCAGGCGGUGUCGGUGGUGGUGGCCCUCCUGCCGGAGGCCCGGGCGGCUACCGCAAUAUGCCGCCACCCGGCUUCUCCACGGGCGCGAACAAUGUGCCCGUCGUACCACCGCCGGGCCAGCAAGGCUUCCCACCAGCAGGCAACGGAAUGCCACCACCACCUCCAGGGUAUGCACGGAGGUAG